UGCUCUUCGUUCGUGCCACUCUCAGGAUUACAGUAUUUGCUCGUCAUCGCACUGCAAUGCUGUCAUUGCGCCGCGUGUUGUUAUGCCCCUGAAACGAGUCAUAAUGCGUGCCGGUGUACCUUGGUCAAUUCUACUAUUCAAACAUGGAUUUUCGGGAGAUUUUCUGCUCGCCUCCUAGUUGGAAUUAGACUUUCAAAAGUGCUGCCCUGUGGAUCUUAUCUAUUUUUCAUUUUUUUCCCCCCGCAUUGCUGCCGCCGAUUUUGUGUGUGUGUGUGUGUUUUCUUUUUCAUUAUGAAGAAGAGAAGCGGUGCGGAACGCAAUGUUUCGCCCUGCCCUUCCGGUCUGAUGCCGGACAUGUCGGUCGACGACGAAAAGACCUGUGCUUUCAAAGAUGUGCGAUGGUGGUGCCGGACUCAAUGUCAAAGGUGGCUGGAAGAGUCAGCAUUCCGUAUCUUAGUAAUAAUGCAUCAUCCAACAUUACUCCUGGUGCUCUACGUGUCCACCAUCUUAAGGAUAGUAGGAGCAUGUUCGUCGCGUUCCACGCCGCGACCAAGACCGCCCCCGCAACCUACGAUGAGGCCAAAUAUCACAUUCCAGACCUAUGCAUGUCCAGAGGCCUAUGCCAAGUGGUACUGCCUCAAUGGAGCGACGUGCUUUUCUGUUAAAAUUGGAGAAUCCAUUCUCUAUAACUGCGAGUGCGCAGAUGGGUUCGUGGGACAAAGAUGCGAAUUUAAAGAUCUAGAAGGUUCUUACUUAGCGUCCCGACAGCAAGUGAUGAUAGAGACUGCCAGCAUCGCUGGAGGAGUCACGCUGCUCAUCAUCAUACUGGUGGUUGUGUCGGUUGCCGUAUAUGUUCAUUACAAGAAGCGACGGAAAGAGCAGAUGCACCCUGUCACUCCUGUUUCCCAGUCUUACAAGCCUUUCAGUGCCUUCCGCGAGUCUGAUGGCUUUGUUGAAGACAGGACAAUAGACAUGAAUGAUCCAGAAUCGGGUCACAGGGAGCACCACAGGGUCGUGGACGCCGCAGUGCACUCUGCAUCAAGCAGAGCGAGGACUUCUCUGUAACAGAACUUUUUCAAAUGUGAAAAAAGCAAAGACAUCUAUUUGUUAGGAAAACAAGUGGAAUUCCCGGAAAAGCCGCUUCUCGUUGAGCCAAGUGGUUUGUACAGAAAUGAAUGAAGCUUGGCCGAGUGGUUGGCGUACUGGGAUUUGAGUAUCAUUGGAGUGGAGAAUACCUAGUCUGAACACACGUUGGCAGAGAAAGAGAUAUUCAACCAGCAGUACUUUUUCUUUUAUUUCUUAUAACGAAUCAGCUUCAAGAAAUACUGCUUGAAUUUAUAUCAUUGCUUAUGAGCUUUCGAAACUGUCAUAGACUGUACUGUGAAUACUCCUUGCAGCUCAAACUUAACAAUAAAGCCUACAUGAACAGUGCAUCCUUUGAACAAUAAUUCCAUUCGUGCUUCAUCUUCAGCCGAUUUUUGUUUUCGCAGGUUCAAUAAUGCUUCCCCCCCCCCAGACCUUGCAGCAUCGACUUGCCAAAACUACUAAUGAUUCUUUGGAGCACUCGUGGAUAUUUUAUGUAUACGAUUUAUGUGCCUUAAUGUUUUGUGGUAAUUUGUUCUUGCGUGCGCUCUCCGCAUCAACAUUUGUGCCGGUUCCUUUCAUAGGCCUACGUUUAUGUUCAUUUAAUAAUAAUUUUAUCCUAAAAUGCAUCUCUAUCUGAAUGUCUUUUUUUAAGACAUGACAGAAAAAGUUAUUUUUCUCUCUGUAUCAUUGCUGUGUGGCAGCUUUUUUUCUUUUUAUGAUCAAGAUUUUUUAAAGCCUAGGGGACUGAUUUUAUUGAAAAAUAACCCUUGUGAAUAGUAGCAAUAUAUCAUUUUUAUGCAGUUACCCUAAUGUAUUUUACUGAACUAAAUAUUUUUAAUGUUGAUUUGAUGGAAAUAUUUUUUAUAAGUGGGAAGAGAUGUGAUUAAGAAAAUACCUUUACCUUGUAGGUAAAUCUUGAUUUUUUUUCCUUUAUAAAGAACCCUAUAUAUAUAUAUAUAAUAUAUAUAUAUAUAUAUUAAAGUGCAGCUAUGAAAGUGAGUUUUUUUAAAGGCCGCAAGCACUCGUUUCAACAUUCAGUAUUCCGCAAUGUGUAAUAAAGUUUUGCUGUAGUGGGAAACAUUCCGGUGUGUUGCGAGUGCUGAAAUUCCUUGAUAUAUUUCAAUUCUUUCUUUCCUCGCGCUUCUCAGGUAUAGAAACUGUUCUUAAUUAGUUCUGCAGUGGACACUUCGGACUUUUAUGGAAAUUGACAUUUUUUGCCCUUUCUUUUAUGGGCAACCAUCUUACCUCAGUAGCUAGUGAUUCUUUUGAAAGCAGUUAAUAUUUUCAAAAAUAAAUGCAUUUAUCACUGUUUAUUGAAAGGAAAUUCAUAUAUUUUAUUUAUAAAGUUUACUAAUUGGAUGGAGAAGGAAGUUCUGAAAUGGUUCAUGUUGAAGCAGCUACUGUAUAUAUAUAUAUUACCUUGAUGAUAUGACAAAGGAAAUUUUUAAAUGUUUAUACAAACAUACCCACACUUUCUUUGGCAGCUAAAAAAAUUUACCUACAUGUAUUAUUAUUUUUAAAAAAACGAGAUAAAUAAAUGCAUUUAUUAUAUCUAUUAAUUUUGUUUAAAAUAAAUGACUUGCCUCUAAUUAAAAAUUAUGAAUUUAUGAUAUAAGAUAUUAAUGUAUUGUAUUUUCUCAAAAAACUUUAUAUUUAGUUGCAUAAAUAUAUCAUAAUCAAUCUUUUAAGAAAAUUGUUUGACUUUGAAAUUUUAAAAGUUUUAGUUACUUAAAUGUUUUCUCAAGAAAUAUUUUUUCAGUCAUUUUUUUUUUUUUUUUUUCUUCCUGUUGUAUUUUCUUUCCCAGGUGGAGAUUUUAUAAGAAGUUGUUGCAAUGAUAUUCCUUUCUAUGUAUGUAAGGUUUUUGCAAAUAUCAAAUUGCAUUUUAUGUGUAGAUAUGUAAAUAAAAGAAAUAAGCAAUGUAGAUUCCGAAACCAGCAUAGCUGGUUUCUGAUAUGAGCUUCUAAGUGCAUCCAUGAAAUAUGUGAAGAUUAUAUCUUCAAUAAAAUUUUUUCUUUGAAAAUUGUUUUUGUCCUAUAUUGUAUCAAAAAUUACUUUAAUAACGAGAGAGAGAAAAGAUCAUCCAUUUAAAAUUUAGUUUUGUUCCCAUAGUCUUCUUGUGUAUCAUGGAUGCCUUAAAGCUCGAUAAUGUUUUAAAUUUUGUACAUAAUUUAUUAUAAUUUAUGAUACAUGGUGCAGUUUUGUGAAAGGCUGUGCCAUCAUUUCAACAUAUUGUCCUAGUUCCUAUUUCAGUUUUAAUGUUUUCUACCAAGACAGUGUUAAUGAAAUAUUGUGAAACUGCAUAAAAUCCAAUGAAAAGGUGUGCAAAAGAAUAUUUUUUUACAUCUUCCUUUAAAAUAAGUCUCUACAUGAGCUUUUUUCGUCUUGCACUUGGCAUCUCCAAUAAAGCUGCAUGCUUUUCUAUAAUGAUGUACUAUGAAAAGUUAAUCUAGUCGUUUUGCAGUGGUUUAUGGAUUCUACUGAUGCUUUGUUUUAUUUUCUAUCGAUACCACUGAUUCAUAUGUCUAAACCUUGUCUCUUAUAUUUUGGUGUUACUUGAUUUUUUUUUUUUUUUUUUUUUUCCAAUAUGUCGAUAAAUUUAUUUAAAUAUCCUCUACAGUGCCUUCUUUCGAAGUACGUCUUCCUCUGUGAAAAUAUACACUGAGUAUAUGUGCAAAACUCAGUUUUGUAUAUAGUAAUUUUAAGGGUGGAUCUUUUUUUUUUUUUUCUUGUGUAAUAUAAACUUGAAAUACCUCUUAUGAAAAGACCAAAGUGUAAUUGUGUAUCCUUUAAUUUAAUGCUUAAGUUAUAAGAUUAUUUUCUUUGGACACUUGUUGUGUGAUUUUUUUUUUUUUUUUUGAAAAAAAUC